CGGUUACACCGCCCGCCAAGCUACCAACGUGACGGCACCAAACCCCACGCAAACUGUCAAACCCGCGAUGAGAGAGCAAAAGUUGUUUUGUCAUCGCGGUUUUGGUUCUGUUGAGGUGCAUCGCAUCUAGAAGAAUCGAUAACAGUGUCUAGUGCUUGUGGAACGAAUUAGAUCUGCCGGAAGAUGCCAUCGGAAACCAGUACGACGAAGGUGAUUGUGCACCCGCUGGUGCUGCUGAGCGUAGUCGAUCACUUCAACCGGAUGGGCAAGAUCGGAAACCAGAAGCGAGUUGUCGGGGUGCUGCUCGGCUGUUGGAGGGCCAAGGGCGUUCUGGACGUGUCCAACAGUUUUGCCGUUCCCUUCGAUGAGGACGACAAAGACAAGUCCGUUUGGUUCCUGGAUCAUGACUAUCUGGAAAACAUGUACGGCAUGUUCAAAAAGGUCAACGCUCGUGAACGCGUCGUGGGGUGGUAUCACACCGGGCCCAAGCUGUGUCAGAACGACAUCGCCAUCAACGAGCUGAUCCGUCGUUACUGCCCUAACUCGGUGCUGGUCAUCAUCGAUGCCAAGCCGAAGGAUCUUGGAUUACCCACCGAGGCGUACAUUGCCGUAGAAGAGGUUCAUGACGAUGGCACUCCGACAUCCAAGACUUUCGAACACGUUCCGAGCGAAAUCGGUGCCGAAGAAGCGGAGGAAGUGGGUGUAGAACAUCUGUUGCGCGACAUUAAGGACACCACGGUGGGAAGUUUAUCGCAAAAGAUCACCAACCAACUUUUAGGAUUGAAGGGUCUCAACGCUCAGCUUAGGGACAUCAAAAACUACCUGCUCAAAGUGGGCAACGGUCAGCUUCCUAUCAAUCAUCCAAUUGUAUAUCAGCUGCAGGAUAUCCUGAACCUGUUGCCGGAUAUCACCCAGGAUACGUUCACCGACACCCUCUACGUCAAAACGAACGAUCAGAUGCUUGUGGUGUACUUGGCUUCGCUUGUUCGAUCCAUUAUCGCUCUGCACAAUUUGAUCAACAACAAACUAACGAAUCGCGACGCCGAAGAGGGCAAAAAGACUGACGAUUCUAAGGACAAAAAGGAUGCGGCCAAGGACAAGAACGAUAAGGAUGGCGACAAAGAUAAGAAGAAGGACGAUAAGGAGAAGAAAGAAGAUGGUAAAGGAGAUAAAACGAAAGAUGAGAAGAAAAAGUAAUGUGUAGGAUCAGUUUUGGCAGUUUUUAUUUGUCACCCUAAUAUAAUCGCUUACUUUAACUGAUUAAAAUUGUAAUAACACUA